AUGUCGGGGGAUGAUUAUUGUGAUUUUUUAUUUAAAAUAGUGCUCAUCGGUGAUUGUGGAGCUGGAAAAACUUGCGUUGUCCAAAGAUUCAAAACUGGAGCAUUUGUGGAAAGGCAUGGAAAUACAAUUGGUGUUGAUUUUUCUAUGAAGAACGUCGUCGUCGAUGGAAAGAAAGUCAAAUUACAAAUAUGGGACACAGCAGGUCAAGAAAGAUUUAGGACCAUCACACAAAGUUAUUAUAGAUCAGCCAAUGGAGUUAUAAUCGUUUAUGACAUUACAAAAAGAUCAUCAUUUUUGAGUUUGGAAAGGUGGAUAGAAGAAGUGAGGAGAUAUGCAGCCACAAAUGUAUUGUUAGUUUUAGUGGGUAAUAAAUCAGAUUUGGAAAAUUUACGUGAAGUUGAAUUUUCCGAAGCUGAAGCCAUGUGCGAAUUCAUACCGGAAGUUUUAUGCGUUUUGGAAGCUUCUGCCAAAGAAAAUACAAAUAUAGAAGAUGCCUUUUUGUGUUUAGCAACAGAGCUUAAGAGGCGUCACGACGUGAGCUUAUGUUUAGGUGAUGGCGACAAGAGUACAAUAUCUCUUAAGGAAGGAAAAUCGGUGAGCGAUUGUUCAGAAUCCACAUGCAGCCUUAUUUAA